CAAACUGUUAUAGAUUUAAGACAUGUUAGCCGCUGUUAAAAGUUUCAGGGUCUCUUUUUCACACAUUUCACUCGUUUUCAAGUGUUUCAGGACGCACUCGUGAUGUUGACACGCCAGAGUGUCUUUAAGUUUAAUCGAAAUGCCACGAGCGUGAAAGUCAUCAGGCUGUCACGGAUCUGCGCGUGGCCAUGACCGGCAUGAUAAAGAACCGGACGGUUUUUCGGCGAGGAAAACGGCUAAUGGGCGAAAGAUGAGGAGAAAAACAAUAGCAAAGCGCAUCCUGUACAAUGGAUACGAGGCAUACGAAGAGACACCCGAAGAAACCGGCGCCAGGGCGAACCACGUCUUCAGUCAAGAGCCGGCGAAGAGGAGAAAAUGGAGAGAACUAAAUGGAGAGGACAUCUCGUCUUGCAAUGCUGACUAUAUCAAGUUCAAAACAAAGGCUUUUGAGGUUGACAAGACCCUUGGAGAUGCAACAAGGGAUGCAGAUUUUACUAUGGAGGUGCUCGGAAGUCUCCAAUCACGCUCAAGGGCGGAGCUUAUUGCCAUGGUGUUGAGUAUGCAGAGGGAGAUGGACGGCCUUCGAGAACAAAUCAGAAGCCUUACAGCAUGUGGGAAGUUGGCUCAGACACUUGAGGAGUUGAUCGAGAAGAGUGAUAGAUGGCUGUGUGGCGGCCACGAAGCUGCAACUCCCAGCAUUCCAAGGGAGCUGGAGAGAAGCAGGCCACCCAGUCACAUUUCUCCUCCAAGGGUGCUCAGUGGAAGAACAGCUGAAUGUGCAAGUUCAGAGCAGCAGGGGUGUGGUCAGUAUGAGGUCACGCAAACAAUGCCUCAAAGGAAUGGAACGCCCGAACAAAAAGUUAUCACUGCUGAUCUCCUGGAGCGCUGCAACACAGGGACCACUGCUCAGAAACUCACCAAUGACCUGCUGCGCAGCCUCUAUGACAGAGACUGUCUGGCCUCUCACUCAAUCUCAGGCAUCGUUAACAGCAAGCGAGGGAUGCCUAAGCCAGCUCUUCCAGCACAUGAGAUCCAGGCCGUUUUAAGGACGGUGCAGCGGUUCUUCCCUGGAAAGACUGAUUCGGAAAUAAAGGGCUACAUAAGACAAAAGCUUCAGAAUGAGGCCAAGAGGCUUCGGAAAAGGCCACACCCAGCUGAUGAUCCACUGGUGGGCUCGUUUGAGGAGGCGAGAGCAACGUUUGAACAUUGAGUGUUGACUUUCAUUGGACAUCACCAGUGAACUUUAAAAUCAAAUUUAUGGCACAAAAUUUGGUUGUUAACCUUAAAGGGAUAGUUCAGAAAAAGUUCUGUUUUCAUUUACUUGAGGGAUAGUUCACCCAAAAAUGAAAAUUCUGUCAAUAAUUACUCACCCUCAUAUUGUUCCACACCUGUAAGACCUUUGUAUAUUUUUGAAACACGAGUUAAGAUAUUAUUGAUGAAAUCAGAGAGCUUUCUGACCCACUAUUUUAACAAUGUCCUUGCUAAGUGUUUAGGUCUGGAAACAUUUCAGCUGUGUUGCUGUCUAUGCAGUGUCAGAAAGCUCUCAGAUUUCAUCAUAAAUAUCUUAAUUUGUGUUCUGAAGAUGAACAAAA